GCAAAGAUCAAUGAUAACAAGGGACGCCUACUCCAUCUCUUGCUUCUCUGUACCAUCCUCUCAGUUCUUCAGAUAUCCAAACCCUUCGUUGCAAGCAUUCUCCUCUAGCUUGCUGCCCCUUUUGCCUCUUGAUCGUUCUUAACCUCUGUUCUCUCCUCGACUCCUCCUCUGUCUGUUGAACUAGCUUUAGAGUAACCAUACAUGCAUAUGACAGAUAUCCAGCAAAAUCUCGUGCGUUAACUAACUUUUUUGUUACGAUUUUUCAAUAGCAGGUCAUCUCUGGCGUCCAGGGAUGGCGGAUCAUUUUGAGGUAAUGGCGGGCCGAUUGCUCACGGAUUCGACUCUUCAGUCUGCCAUUAAUGAGGCCUCUGCUCUGCCUUCUUCCGCAACGACUGCGUGUGAUGCGGCUGCUGAAGAUGGCAGGGCAACGAGUGGCGUCUUGGUAGAAUGCAGAAUCUGCCAGGAGGAGGAGGAUGAGGCCUACAUGGAGGCGCCUUGCUCCUGCAAGGGCAGCUUGAAGUACGCUCAUCGCAAAUGCAUUCAGAGAUGGUGUGAUGAGAAGGGAGACACCAUAUGUGAGAUCUGCUUGCAGCAAUUUACACCAAACUACACUACCUCUUCAAAGCUGUUUCAGCAUGGAAGAAACACGAUUUUCUUCAGCGCUCCUGGUUACAUUCAAGCACGCCCCAUGCUGAACGCGGACCAAACUUCUGCUACAUCAACAAGCUACGAGUAUGGCCACCAAACUUCCACUCCUACCGGCGUAAUCUGCUGUCGCAUAAUUGCUAUAACCUUGAUGGUCCUCUUGGUCCUCCAUGACGCCCUCUCGGUUCUCCUCGGCGACCAAGGCGCUUAUACCGUCGCCAUGCUCACCCUGCUGAUGCUUAGAACUGCGGGAGUCGUCAUACCGGUCUACAUCAUACUCGUAGCGGUUACCGAACUGCUUCACCGACGCAGGCAGCGGCAGGUUGUGCACGACCAGAUUCCGGGACCUGCAGGAGCCGAGAGCACACAGCCGCAGCAGCAUGUCAUCAGCAUCCAGUAGGCUGUGCUGGCAAAGGAAGGUAUUGAUCCUUCAACGAACUGAACGAAGGAUUGAGCUUCAGAUGUAAUUUGCCUGCGGAAUUUGGGAAGAUAUUUGACUCUACAGCUUUGCAACUGUACAUAGUAGGAAACUUGGCUGCUGUCAGCAGCUUUGUAUAGAGACCACUGUACGUGGUGACUACUGACUAGUGAAACUCUCUUCAAAUGAAGAUGAAGUGGGCUUCCUGUGCAUAUAACAAUAUGAUGUAGUAGCUGAGAAUGAUUUAUCAAGAAGAUGCUCAGAAAAAUGGAAAGAAAACUGAAGCGGGAAUGAUUUAGGUGGUCCGCGAGAGAAUGAGCAUAUCAGCAAGAAAGCGGCUUGGUGAGGUGGUCCGCGAGAGAUCGGGCACUAGAAUGGCAAGUCUGAAUUCUGAAGAAAAAAUACGCUGGUAAUCGAGAUGUCGAUAGGUAGUCUUUAAAACAUAAGUUUCAGUCAUCAAUACAUAUUUCACACGUGUGAAUCUUGUAACUUUCAA